AUGGACUUGCAUGACGAAGCUCCGUUGCUCCUCCUCCACGGACCUACAGAUUCACGCUUCUUUAGCACUGUCUCCCGCUUCCCUCCCUGCCCGCAUCCUCCUCAUCAAAGCACUGCUCCCCGCCUUUCUCCGCUUCACCUUAUCUCUGCGCCUACUUCUCCUUUAGGGACUUCCGGCCCACAGCUCUGUGAGCGUUUGCGCUGCAGAGAGCGCUCACGAGGGGGCGGGGAAUGGGGACUGCUGAUGGGGCUGGCGGAGGCUAUAGAGGAUGUGUUUGGUGUUGAAGAUGGCGGGGCGGUGGUACGGUGGAUAUAUCGCCAACCCCACAGGAGUGGGGGGGGGGGGCUGAAGGGGGGUGAAGGAGGGGUUGCUGCUGGGGCGGGCGGAGGUCAUAGCUAUGAUGCACCUGUUCCUCCUACUCCAUGUGUGGCCCGCGGACUUCUGCCACUUCCGUCGCCCACGCGCUGUCCCUUCCUCUCCCCUUCCCACCUCCCCCAUCCUUCCUGCCGUGUCCCCACCAGCUCCGCACAGUACCUGCUUCUCGCGUACCGAUUUCUGCCCACAAUCCCCCACCUCUGCAACAUGGGCGCACUGUUCACAGGAACCCGCGGCUUCCAGUGCACUCCUUCCAGGGCUCCACCGCACCUUCCUCUCACCACCCUUACCCUCUUUUCUUUCCUCCUCCACUCCUCUCUUCACCAGCUUCACACCUGCCUCUCCUACACCCACUUCUGGCCUACUGAAACCACGCUCCUACGCCCCGCACCUGCUUCUCCCCACGCCAUCUUCUGCCCCACGGACUCCCCCACCAUACCACAGGGCACGGGCGCACUGCUCACCCAAGAAGAGGUUGCUGCCAUGGCAGAGCUGCACGGGAGCUGCAGGCGAAGCUGGGUGAGGCCCGCUGCUGGGUUCCCCGUGGCGGUUUUUGAGGAUGGCCGGGCAGAGGGAGGAGGAGGUGCGUCCGAAGUGAGUGAGGGGUGGUUAGCUGGGCUGUAUGAUGCUUCUGUGUCACUCGUAGAUCACGGGUGA